AUGUCCGACACAGCAGCAACAUCAGACAGCCACACCAUGUACACCCCAACGAUGACCUCGGAACACACCCUUCCCGGUGCUAGUAAUUCCUCCUACUACCACCCAGCAGCAGCAGCAGCAGGAGAAGUCACAGCCCAAAUCCCUAGGCACGGCUGCACGUACAUUCUGCGCGCCGCCUCAGACAACAAUGGUAGCGUGUUGACGCUAGUCGACGGCUCCGUAGUGCUAGCCGCGCGUGGCGCGACUCACGGAUCCAUCUAUUGGGAGUGCGUCGAGACGCAAGGGUGGUUCGGGUGGCGGAACUGUAGUGUUGAUAGGUUUGUGUGUCAUGAUGGGAAUGGGAGGCUCAAGUGCACGGCGGGGCUGGGGAGUGGGUGGCGCCAAUUUACUGUGACGCCGGUGCCGAAAGGGGGUUACGUGAUGCAGAUGCUGGAUUGGUGGACGCUGAGGCCUGUCGUGGUGAACCCAGAGAAGGGGCUGAGGAAGUUGGGGAGGAAUGGGGAUAAGUUGUCGGAAGGGGUGGUGUGGGAAUUUAUCAGGGUUGAGCCAAACUUGGAUAGUAGCAUGUAA